AUGGAGAAGGCCAAGGCUUACAUCAAAAACGAAUUGCGUGGGGGCUCCCUGGCGCAGCCGGAGCCCCCGCCCUCAUCGCACCACCACCAACACCACCAGCUCCACCAGCUCCAGCAACAGCAGCAGCAACAGCAGCAGCACCUCCACCAACAACACCAACAACACCUCCACCAUCAACACCAACUCCAGCAUCAACACCACCACCAGCAGCAGCAACAGCAGCAACCUCCUCCCCCGUCGCUGCCACCCAGUUCCGGCCACCCGGGGUAUCACCACCCGUCGGCGCAGCAUCACCCACAUGCUCCUCCGCAUCAGCAGCAACAGCAGCACCACCACCCGCAGCACUACGGUGGUCCGGGGGCCUACCCCCCGCACCAUCAGUCGCACUCGGCGGCUUCGCCCUCGCCGGUAGCCUCCCUGGACCUGGACCCCUCCACCAUCUGCUACGUGUGUGGGGCGGCCGGGGCGCAGGACAAGUACUAUCUGCGCGUCCGCCAGAACCCGGAGCGCCCGCAGGAACCACACUUUCCGCUGCUCGAAACGCACCUGCCACCGGCCGGCGUACCGCCCUGGACACCGGCCAAGGUGGGCGUCCGGUCGUGCUACCUGUGCUUCACCACCUUCGCCCAGCAGUGGGACUACCACGAGCGCGAGGGGAAACCCGUCGCCCAGCGGCUCUACUGGCUGAAGCGCAACGACGACAAGAACUACAUCGGGGCGGAGCUGAACAGCCAGGGGGAGUACGCGGCUCAGGUGCUCGGGCUGAGUGCCGAGCACCUAAGCGGAAGCGGCGGACUACCGCAGCCUCCCUCGACGGCAGCUCAACCAACACCACCACCACCAACGUCAGUGUCCUCUCAUGGCGGUGGCGGUUACUCGUCUUCGCGAACCACCCCCCAGCCGGCGGGUGGCUAUGCGAUGUCCCGCAACGAGAGCCCCCUGCGUCAGGGUCAGGGUCAGCGGAACAGCAGCGAGUCGAGCGCUCCGAAAGCACCGGAAACGGCCACUCCGCCGUACCAUCCGUCAAAGCGCUUCCUGGAGAACCAUCUCGCGGCCACGAAUGCCGCGGCCCGGGAACACCUGCACCACCACCCGGCGCCGGUGCCCAGCACUACGGCGUCGCCGUCGAACAAUGUGCACUCCUCCUCGUCGCAGCGCCCCGUGAGCCGCGGCGAAAAGACGAUACCCCAGUCCGGUGGGUUCCGUCACAACGAUACACCGUCACCGGCAGCGACGGCCGCCACCCCUACCGGAAGCGUCACGUCGCCCUCGGCCGCCGCCUCAACGACGGCCAACGUCGGGUUCCGCGAUGGGCGCAAAAUGUCCUCGUUCGCGCACCACAAGCUCAAGAUGGUGAACUACAACAACAACAACAACAACGCUUCGUCGCCAUCGUCGUCGUCGACGACGGCGGCGGGGGCAACGGCCGGACCUGGCGGCUCGUCCUCGCACCUCCGGCUCGAGGAGGAGGGAGCGCUCGAUCUGCGAAACUCGUCCACGGGCUCCGUGCCAGGCGGCGGUGGCACUGGGGGUGUGUUGGUGGGACCCGGCGGUGGUGGAGGGCUUUCGGGCGCAGGCGGACCGGCCGGCGGGAUGGUGGUGAUGGGCGGCGGGCUCGGCGAGGACGCCAGUCUGCGCAGUGGCAGCAACAGCAACGGAAGCAGCAGCACCGGAAGCACCGGCACCGACAUCCUGGACCUCUCCAUGCCGGACAAGAACUCGAUGACGGAGGUGUGCUACGUGUGCGGCGACGAGCACCGGCGCGGCAGCCUGAAGGAGAUUGCGACAGUGCGGCCGAAGGACGUGAAGGACCAGGAGCGGCCCUACUUCCCGAUCUUCGACGAAACGCACGCCAGGCCAGCACGUUCGAGACCCAAGGAUCCGAAAGGCAUGGUGCAGGCGUGCAAGGCGUGCCACCAGUAUCUGCUCAAUCAGUGGCAAUCGUUCAACAUUCGUUCAACGCCGGAGGCUCAGCGCAAGUACCAGAUUCGCAAACGCCAAAACACUCAGGAACGGUCGGCGACGUUCGUGUGCUACACGUGUGGGGCCGACACGCCGUCCUCGCAGCUACGCUUAGUGUACUGUUGCCCGAACGCCGAGCGGGAACCGUACUUUCCGUUCAUUAAAGCCCUGAAAGCACCGACCAAUGCUAGUCCAAUAAGUCCACAAGGAAUGGUGCAAAUAUGUUCCACGUGCAAUAAGAAAAAUGCCCACCGAGCGGAAGGUGGCACGAUCAGCAAUGUGGAAGAACGUUAUCCGUCGCCAACGAAAAUGACGUCUAGUGUGAUAAAUGAGGUUGUUCGAUUUAAGCCUUAUGAAUUUGCCUCCGCCCUGUCUGGAGGACCGCCGCUGCGGGACCAGAAGGGCUUCCGAAGAGAUUCACGACCAAAUACACCACCUCACGCUCAGGGGCCGGUCGAAAAUGGCCAUGGUCAUCAAUGUUCGAUUUGUAAGAAUACGUUUCCUGCCCUCUCGAUGGAGUAUCUGUCCACCAGUGCCGAGCAUAUGAAUUCGCAUGCAAUGCAUUUCCCCUGCCUCAAAGGCAGCACCGACCAGAGCCGCGUGCUGGCGUGCAAGAACUGCGUCCACAAGCUAACCGUCCAGUGGGAGUCGAUGGACGCCCAGCGCGUACCGCUCGAGCACCGGAAGUACGUGAUCCCUUCGCCAACGCCGAACUCGGCCUCGAUAUCGCCGAGCGGUGCGGGCAGCGGUAGCGGUGGCGGCAUGGUCGUGCGGGCUCAGUCUAGCGUCGGCAGCACACCACCGUCGACGCCGGCUUCCUCCGCGCCGAGUACCUCGGUGUACUGUUUCAUCUGCGGCCUGCACUCGGAGUUGAGCUUCGCCCGAUUACUCUACGCCAACAAGGAGGGUUCUCGGCCUUACUUUCCCUUCCUGUUGAAGCAUAAAUCCCCUCCAAACGCAGAACAGCUACGAGGCGACAGUUCGGCGCUUGUUUGUACAUUCUGCUAUCACUCGCUGCUGAAUCAAUGGCGCAAGUACGAGGCGCAGAAUAAUAUCCCUCCACCGAGCGAGCGUGACUACAAUUUUCACGACUACUGCUGCCACCUGUGUGGUAUCACGACGUAUCGCAAACGGGUUCGGGCGCUACCGAUUCGCGAGUAUCCGUUCGUCGCGAACCGGAAGUGCGACGGAAUACUGCUCGAGAACGGUGACUAUGCGGUUGUGUGCCUCGAUUGUUACGAAAGCCUCAGGCAACAGUCGGCCGAAUACGAUCGGUUCGGGGUGGCAAUCGAGAAGCGCGAGUACAACUGGGUAGCCCAGCCGCCGCCGCCGGAAGACAGUCCGGAGGUGUCCAUCGCAAGGCUGCCGAGCGGUGAGCGAUCGGACAAGGCAAUCAAAAAUUCUCAAGGUGGGAUGCGUACGAUACCAAAUAAAAAGAAUUGUUCACCGAAGGUCGCCAACGAUAAGCGGGAUGCAUUACAAUCCAAACUGGCCCAGAAGCGCCCCGCAACGAGUCCGGCCCCGCCCGUUCCCCCGUCCGCCCAGCAGCUCCUUCUGCACCAUCCGUCUUCCUCGCCGCACUCGAACCACCUGAUCGGCGGACCGAACCACCUGCCGCCCGGUGCUUCACCCGGCUUGGUCCCUCCACCACCGCAGGGUCCGCACGGCGGAGGCGGCGUCGUGUCUUCGAUGGGCCCGCACGGAGGUCCGGCAGCACACGGCGGUGGUUCGUCCGGCGGUGCCCAGAACGCGUCCUCGGGCGGCCGCAGCAGCAGUGGCGGCGGUGGCGGAGGUGGCGGUGGUAAUGGAAACGGUGGCGGAGGAUCGUUCGCUGCGGCGCUACGCAAUCUGGCGAAACAGGCGGACGGAAAGGACGACGAGCCAGCCGGCGGUGCUGGAAGCGGCGGUGGUGGCCCGGGCGGUACCAACGGUGGUGGCCCAGGCGGAGGCCCAGGUGGUGGCGGCGGUGGCGGUGGUAGAGACAGAGAUCACCGGGAUCGGGAUCGUGAGCGGGAUCGCGAGCGAGACGGAAGCGGCGGUGGCGGCGGUACGGUGAUGGACGGUCGGGGGAGCUCUUCGAUGGUGGACCGUGGUGGUGGCCGGGAUGAAUCGCGCGGCGGUGGCAGCAUCAUUACCGGCGACGGUCGGAUACGGAACGCUCCGGACUCGGGCCGUGGCGGUGUCGAAGUGACGAAGAAGCAACACCAACAGCAGCAGCGUUCCUCGCCGCAGCCACCGGAGAAGAUGGCACGCCUAAACGCUCCGAGCUCGAGCACGAUCCAGUCCGAACUGCUGGCCCGCAGCGGCUUCCAACCGUACAGACCAGACGAGCGGCUGGCGCACCCGGCCGGGGCCUUCCCGAUCGACGCCUACUCGGCCGCCUUCGGCUCCAUACCCGGAAUGCCGCCAGCGAACCUGUUCAAUCCGGCCGCCCUCGCGUACCACGAUCCGGCCAUCUAUCUCGCGCCGCGCUACUCGAUGAUGCGGGCGCACCACCACUCGCCCAGCACGCACCAGCUCUACUCGUCGCUACCGUAUCCGCCCAACCUGUACGGGAUGCUGCCGGGGAUGAGCAUGCAGGGCAUCCACGAGCGCAUGAAGCUGGAGGAAGAGCACCGGGCCCGCCUGCGGGAGGAGGAGCGGGCCCGGGAGGCCCGCGAGGCGGCCAUGGAGCGCGAGAAGGAGCGCGAGCUACGGGAGCAGCGCGAGCGGGAGCAGCGUGAGAAGGAGCAGCGCGAGAAAGAGGAACGCGAGCGGCAGCAGCAGGCGCAACGCGAGAAGGAGCAGCGCGAAAAGGAAGCCCGCGAGCGGGAACGAGAGCGGGAGAAAGAGCGGGAACGGGAGGCGGCCCGCGAGCGAGAGCGAGAGCGUGAACGGGAUCGAGAACGCGAGCGGCUGAUGCACAUGAUUCCGCAUUCGCUGCCGCGACCGUUCUUCCCGAUCCCGGGCCUACCGCCAGGACUGUCUCCCCCGCUCGGGCUCGGCAUGCAGCCCCAGGGGCCACUUGGGCUACCGGCGCACCAUCCGCUGCACCCGUCGCUGGGCCUUAGCAUGAGCCUCGGACUGUCACAAGUGCCACAGGGGCCCCCGUCGGCCUCGUCGCUCAACCUGACGCACCCGUCGGCGGGCCUCGUCCCGCAGCAGCCGGGGCCACCGGGCAGCGCGCUCGGGCAUCCAUCGAUCCCGACUAGCCUGGCGGCGGCGGCCGCCGCCUACAGCCACAGCAUCGCGUCCACCAUGAACUCGUCCUACCACUCGUCGAUGGCGCACAUGGGCGGGCUCAAUCUCUCGCACUCGGCCGCGGCUUUGGCCUCCGCCCAGAACCUCAGCCUCGCCGCUGGCCACAUUCCUCCACCGGCCCACCUGUCAGCCGGUGGCUCCGGCGGCUCACCGGUGGCAGCGAUCGUGACGUCCGCCAGUGGGUCGAUCGGUGGCCAUCACCUAGCGCCGUCCCCGCACCAUCUGUCGCCGCACGGCGCACCGUUGGCGUUGACGUCAAGCAAAUCGUCCACCCAUCCGUCGCCGCACCCGGCAACCCGAGCUUCCCCGUCGUCGCCGGCAGGAGGAGGCCCCACGCUGACGACGAGCAGUGGGGUGGCGGGUCAACCGCCACCCCAUCCGUACUACUCGGCGGCGGCGAUGGCCGCCGCCGUUGGCUCACCGCUCUCGUUGAGCAACAAGCCACCGCAUCCGGCGCACCCGUCUCCCAGCGGCCAUCACAUGCAUCACAUGCAGCAGCACCACCAUCCGGGGGCGCAAACGCAACCGCCGCCCGGGGCCCGCACCAGUGCCGUGAUCACGCCGCCCUCGAGCGGCGCUCCAACCCAUUACCAGGCGGCCCAUGCGGCGGCCGCAGCCCAUCACCACCAUGCGGCCCUAGCGGCAGCGGCCGCUGCUGCGGUUCACGAUCAACGAUCGGCCGCCGUCGCUUCCUCUCACCGCUCCGGUGGUGGAGGAAGCACACACCGGGGCGAAUCCGCACCGUCGCCGCAAUCCGUUCCGGUGCAACCCGUCACCACGGAACACCACAGUGUAAAUAGUACAAAUGUCGUUAGUAUUAGCAACAGCAACAACAGCACGGCGGCGGUGGCCGGCAGCAACGUUGUUGUCAACGAAUCACUGACCCCCGCCGUUGUUGGUGGUGGUUCCAAAUCACGCUCCCCGCCGGCUAGCACCGGAACACUGCACGAGCUUGGCACCACCGGCAGCGGCAGUCUCGUGAUCAAAUCAACCGCCAACAGCGACGCUGGCCGGAUGCCGACGGAUGAACCGCAGGGAGUCGGGGUGAUUACGAAGCAGCGCAGCUCGUCGUCGCCGGCCGCCGGUACGGAAGCGUCCAACAACAGCAACACGGCGUCACCGGGAGCGACUGCCACGGUGGCGGCGACUGGCGAGCUGCCCGAAACCAAUGGCAGCGUGUCCGAUUCGCGGCCUGUGUCGCGCAGUGCCGACACCGAGACCGCGUCGAAGAAUGGUGCUGACAACGGAGGCGGACCGGUGGCGGCCGUUAGCAAAGACCAGGAAGCUAAAGAGCCGUCGUCCACCCUUUCGCCGCACGAUAAUGGUGCUACGGUGGCGGUGGCGGUGAACAACGAUAGCGGAACGGCGGACAAACCACGUAGCCACCCGAGGCAAUCGUCACCGACCAACACUGGUAGCAACGGGGCAGCGGCCACCGGGACGCCGGCAGUAAAUGCAAAAACGGCCGCCGGGGACCACACAUCGACCGCGAGUAGUCCAGCAGCAGCAGCGUCCGGAGGUGGAACUCGCGAAAGUCGCUCACCACUAACUUCGUCCGCUGCCGCCAACAACAACAACAGCACCGGCAGCAGCUCGGGAACAACGGCCGCAGAUGAUACCAUGAGCAAUCCUCCCAUGCAAUCUGAGGUGGCCGAAAUCGUGAACGGGAACAGCAGCAGCAACAGUAGCAGCAACGGCUCGAGCAGAGCCCGAAGCCCAGCAGCUCCCGUUGCUACAGGGAACGGUGCCGGACACUUCACCGGCUAGCGGCCACAAAAGCGUCGCCCUCGGCACGCCAAAAAAGGUCAAC